AUGUUCAAAUCAUCAUCGUUGAAAUGUUGUGUUUUAUCCUCAUCACACUUUGCAAAAAGACAACAACUUUUUAAAAUAAUUCAAAAUCGAGUAGUAUCACACGAAAACUUUUCUACGUCAUGUCUGAAUAGAAAUGAAAAGGAUGAACAACCACCAUCAUCAUACUCGGAACAAAUAACAAAAUUAGUAUUGGAAAAGUAUCAAGAAAUGAUUAAAAGUGGAGAUCCAAGAGCAUUUGACCAAAUAAAAGAAGAAUUAGAUAAGGAGGAAAACGAACAAAGUAUUCAAACAAUAAUUAGAAAUGUUAGAAUGGGAUUAAUUUCAGAACCAUCGGAGGAAAUUAAACAAAAACAAGAGGAAAAAUUGGAUGAGAGACGUAAAAAACAAUUUGAAUUGAGAAAACAACAAGAAAUUGAAAGGAGAAAGAAUGCAGGAAAGGAAGAGCCAAAGAGAGGAGGAAUUGAAUAUCGAGUUGUAGAAAGAAGUUAA